AUGAAAGCUAUCGGCUUGUUCCGUGGACUUCUGUUCGAAGGCUGGGUUGUGAGUGAGGUUUAGCUCUUUUACGUCUUUCAGACUCCUAAUGUGGCUGGCGACAUCUGAAGUUACAGACGAUUUGUCGAUCAGAUAUUCCAGCACCGCUUCUUUGUUGUACAAGUUUCCCAGUUCACAACAUACAACUGGUUCCCGUAACUCGGCCUGACUCAGAGCACAAUGGAACCAUUUUGCGUUUAAUUCAUAAUUCUUCUCAACUUGCUCAGGCUUUUUCUUCAUCCUAACGAGUUCAUCCCUCCUGGGAAUCGUACCGCCGUCGCAUCCCAUCGUUUGAGCCUUCUGUUGGAUGAGAUUUUUAAAGAAAGUCCUUUGCAAGGAAAUGACGUUGUCCCGUCAGGUAUUGCAAACUGCAAACUGAGACGCGGUUACUUGGCUAUUAAUGAUACAGAAAACAAAAUGGACGCUUGCUUAAGCGUCGAGAGAGAAUUGGAAAGGUUGUCGCAAAAAUACAACAACAUAAAGGAACAUACAGAUACUUCGUUGGCAGAAUUAAGCAACCAGAUUUCAAAUGUUCAAGAGGAGUUAUCGAAAAUGAGUAAAGAUGAUGAAGUAUCCCCAUUACAGCUACACCUCCUUAACCAGUCUUCCAGGAAGAUUAAAGACACAGUUUCAAAACUAGCCACAGAGCACAAAGAACUGCAUGGUGGGAUUUCAAAGAUAGGAAAAGCUGUUGAUAGAAAUUUUGUGAUAGAUAACACAACAUGUAGUCAACCAGGGGUGUUUGAUGGUGAAAAUGCAUCUCUGCUGAAUGAAGUUUUAUGUGAACAUCUCUUACGACAAGGGAGAUUAGAUAUUGCUGAAGAGUUAAUAAAGGAAGCCAAUCUGCAGAUUGAUGAUUCACGAAGAGAACCUUUCACUGAACUCAACAGAAUCCUGGAGGCUUGUAGAGAGAGAAACUUAGACCCAGCUCUACAAUGGGCUCAGUCCAGACACAUGGAACUCAAACUAAGGGGUAGUUCUCUUGAAUUUAGAUUACACAAAUUAAAAUUUCUUGAUCUUCUUAAGGAGGGUCAACAUAAGGAGGCCCUUGAGUACUCAAAACAAUUUGCAAGCUUUGCCUCAGACCAUACUAAAGAUGUACAACAGCUGAUGGCAUGUCUCUUGUACAGUCGCAAGGGUAUUGAGAAUUCACCAUAUGCUUCUUUACUGGACCCAGUUCAUUGGCUUGACAUCUGUGAUGUGUUUGCUAGGGAUGCCUGUGCAUUGUUAGGUUUGUCAUUAGAGAGCCCUCUACAGGUGUGCAUCACAGCAGGCAGUGUGGCUCUACCAUCACUUCUUCAGAUCAGACAAGUUAUGCAGCAGCGACAGGUCACAGGUGUGUGGACAUCUAAAGAUGAACUUCCGGUUGAAGUUGACCUCGGCCCACAGUAUCGUUACCAUUCACUGUUCGCCUGUCCCAUUUUACGGCAACAGUGUACAGAUGCAAACCCUCCCGUUCGACUGUCAUGUGGUCAUGUGAUCUCUAGAGAUGCUCUCAACAAGCUCACAAACGGAAACAAAGUGAAGUGCCCUUAUUGUCCGCUGGAGAUGACUCCAGGCGAUGCUCGACAAAUUAAUUUUUACUGAGAGACACCAUAAAGAAACAUUCUAGUUGCGCAUUCCACGGCGGUCCGUUGUUAUAAUCAAGCAUAUCAUACUCUACGUGGCACUUGUUAAAUUUUAUUUGAAGAGAUCACGGUGCUGAACUCAAGGACAGGGAAAGUCUGAUACCCAGGGGUUCACCGGUACGCUCGACGUCAAGAAGUGGACAGUCAGACCGAAUGAAAAAACUUGGUAUUCGGUCGCAUCGUUGAUCGCCGAUGUUUUCCAAACUACUUUUAUUCUACCAAGCACUUUCUGUUUUUGCAAUGAAGUAGGCUGAGUUCAAAAGGCAAAUGUAGUUUUUUAAGAUUCGUGUCAGGGGUGCGGGUUUCGAGAAAGGGCCGGUCAGGAUUUUAAACGAUAUGCGACGUGAGUGAAUGGAAAACUUAACUCACAGUACAUUGUCUUUAUGUUUAGUUUUGAUCGACAUUGUCUCGGAAACAUCUUCAAAGGGCCAACACCGCCUGUGAAACAAGCUUUUACUCUCUCUCGACUCAGUGCGCAAACAUAGCUGCCAUGUCUUGUAGUCUUUCUCAAACAAGGUUAGGUCAUUCAACAACGGAACUGAGGGCUUCAGCCGGAAUUGUAUGCGUCUGACAAUCAAUGAGCAUCUUUAACAUCAAUUAUAUUGCAUGUUUGGCACAUAAAUCACUGAUAUCUUUGUCGCCCGUAUCUAAAACUCUUAGAUUUGUUGUAAAUAUUAAUUUAUUUUAUGAGGAAUCAGGAAAUGGCUUUUUAACGUUCUUUACUCUACGGUCAACCGCGAAAUUCUUACCAAAGUGUUUCCGUAAGUCAUUGCGUGCAAAACGUGUGAGGCUAUGACUAUUCACAGACUGAGGAAAAAAAAGAGAUAAAGGUAUAUCUAUAUUUAGGAAGCAUGAAAUGUAUAUUUUCCAGAUGUAUUUGUGGCCUUUGUUAUAGCUAUAAGCGCGAAAAAGUUAACGAAGGUAAGGGUGUACAUACUGUACUAUAAAUGAAGUUUAUGAGGUAUACAGCAUUACAGUACUUAUGAGUUGUUCAACUGUUUCGCAACUGCAUGAAAAGUUGCUGUUUUCCUGUUUUCGUUCCAUAAGAUUGAGAAGUGUUUUGAUGAUUUGUGGCUUCUGUUAUGUAGAUAUUAUCAAUUGUUUAAUCACUUUUUAUCUGCUAUUUAUACAAUUUCACAGACUUCCAAAACCCUGAGGCUAUCAUUUUAGUCUCGUACAAUUCCACUGAGGUUUUCUCACGCUUUCAAAUGAUUUAUACCGAUCGGAUAAUAACCCUAUAAUACUGAUCGAAUAAAAACCCUAUUUAAUAUAAUUUUUCAAGAAUUUUCCUUUAGGCUUUAAAGGAAAUACCCUAUUCUUAGUUGGGUGAGUUGUUAACUCUGUGUAACAGUACUGUUUUUUUUGGUUGAAGCUAAUUAAAUAUUUUUGAAGGCCCGA